AUGGCCAGGAUUCCCUUGACUCUCGCUGUGUUGUGCGUCCUGGUGGCACUUGCUGCUGGUCAGUCCCAUCGCCCAUGCCAACUGCGCGACCCUUCGGCUUGUCCCCAAGGCGAGUACUGCGCCCUCGCGUUCGGCCAAUGCGGCGACUUGAGCGGAACGUGCGAGGACGUGCCCACGCAGUGCGGAGAGAUCUACGUGCCCGUGUGCGGCUGCGAUGGCCGCAACUACGGCAACCACUGCAAGGCCAGGCAGCACGCCGUCUCAGUCCGCUCGCUGGGCGAGUGCCCCAGCGGCCCUCAGGAGCCCUGCCCUGAGCUGAGGGAGCUGUGCGCUCAGCUGGAGGAACGCGUCGACCUCUACGCCAGCGAGCUCUACGCGAACGACGGGCUGGGCGCCCCUCUGGACUACGCCCGGGUGAACUGGACCACUGUUGAGCAGUACAUCGCCACCAACAACUUCCGCGUAGAGGACUACAGCCUCUUCUCGUCCGCUGGCGUCUACUCCAACAUCAGGACCUACUGGCGCGCGCUCAACACGGCCAACAGCCUGUUCCCGCUGGUCGAGGCAAGUGUAGACUGGACGACGUGCGACCCGUUCGCCCGGCGCGUGGUGUCGCAGCACCGCGAGGUCUACGGCCGCGCCCGCUGGGGCGGACCCAUCGAGAAGGAGACCAGCACCUCGCUCUACGUGUUCGAGUUCGAGCCCAACGGGCUGCGGCUCACCAAGCACGCCUUCUGGACAUCGGCCAACCUCGCAGACCUCGUCGGCGACGACAGGGCCCAACGCUAG